AUGAUUUCCACGACGUCCAGAACGGCUGAGAUGGUAACUCAAGGAAAGCUGGAGAUCAACUCCGAGGACGCAGUGGAAGAUAAAAGCUCUGGCAAGCUGGGAUGCUUCGGCUGGAUUUUGGUGAUCAUUUCCCUCCUCUUCAUCGGCGUCACCUUCCCGCUUACCAUUUUCAUGUGUGUCAAGAUAGUCCAGGAAUACGAGCGUGCCGUCAUCUUCAGGCUGGGUCGAAUUGUGGACAGGAAAGCCAAAGGACCCGGGCUUUUCUUCGUCAUCCCUUGCACGGAUAACUUUGUCAAAGUGGACCUGAGGACCGUGUCUUUUGACAUUCCGCCGCAAGAGAUCCUGACCAAGGACUCGGUGACGGUGUGCGUGGACGGCGUAGUGUACUUCCGCAUCCGCUGUCCCAUCUCGUCGGUGGCCAACGUGAGCAACGCCCACUCGUCCACUCGCCUGCUGGCCCAGACCACGCUCAGGAACGCGCUGGGAACCAAAAACCUGGCCGAGCUGCUGUCCGAUAGGGAGGGCGUCUCGCUCGACAUGCAGCAAUCAUUGGACGAGGCCACGGACGCGUGGGGCAUCAAGGUGGAGCGCGUGGAGAUCAAAGACAUCAAGUUACCUCAGCAGCUGCAGCGGGCCAUGGCGGCCGAGGCCGAAGCCAGUCGGGAGGCCCGCGCCAAGAUGAUCGCGGCAGAGGGCGAGAUGAAGGCGUCGCGGGCCCUGAAGGAGGCGUCGCUGGUCAUCGCCGAGGCGCCGUCGGCCUUGCAGCUGCGCUACCUGCAGACGCUCAGCAGCAUCGCCGGCGAGAAGAAUUCCACCAUCGUGUUCCCGCUUCCCAUCGAAUUGCUACGGGGCUUCGCGGAGGGGAAGUGA